UUCCUUUUAUUAUGAAACCACCUUUCCUUUCCCCAUUAAGUACACACACAUAUCCCCUAUAUAUACUUCCGUACCUGCCCGUUCCUCCUCAUCAUUUCUUGUUUGUGCUAAAAAUUUCUUGAGCUUAUCACACUUGACUCCUCCAAAAUGGCAGCUAAACGAUUCUUUGAUAACUCCGAUCCGGACCCAAACCAACCGAAUCACAAACGGAUAAAAUCUACCGCUACUAGACCUUCUUUCGCUUCUGUCAUUAAAGAAGUGGUUAUGGUGAAUUUCCUGGACAACGUCUCUUCCGCCUUGGAACCUAUGCUCCGUCGAGUGGUUAAUGAAGAGGUGGAAAAAGGACUGAGGCGUUAUUCAUGUCGUACAAUAAGUAGAUCUCCUUCACUGCGAAUCAAAGCAUUAGAGCCGUCAAAUCUUCGUCUCAUCUUCAACAAAAAUCUCCAUCUUACAAUCUUCACCGGCAGCAAAAUCACCGGCGUCGAUGGACGGAAUCUCCAAAUUCUACUGGUGGAUACAAGCGGCGAAGGCAUGGUUCCGACGACUUUACCGUAUCCUAUAAAAGUAGAAAUCGUUGUACUCAACGGAGAUUUCCCUUCUGAAACGAAUUGGUCACGUGAUGAAUUCGACAAAAAUAUCGUUAAGGAGAGAACUGGAAAGAGGCCAUUACUUACCGGAGAACUCAAUUUCACGAUGCGUGACGGCGUCGUUACCGUUGGGGAAAUCGAAUUCACUGAUAAUUCCAGCUGGAUUAGGUGCCGGAAAUUCAGAAUUGGUGCAAAAGUGGUUCAAAUUGGGAAUAAUCAAAAUACUGUUCGAAUUACAGAAGCCAUUACUGAAGCGUUUAUGGUUAAAGAUCACCGCGGAGAAUUGUACAAGAAACAUUACCCACCAGCACUAAGAGAUGAAGUGUGGCGUCUUGAGAAAAUUGGAAAAGAUGGAAUUUUUCACAAAAAGCUCUCUCUAAAUGGCAUCAACACUGUACAAGAUUUCUUGAAGUUGGCCACCAUUGACACACCACAGCUUAGAAAUAUGCUGGGAACUGGAAUGUCAGAAAAAAUGUGGGAAGUGACAUACAAGCAUGCAAAAACUUGUGAUAUGGGCUCAAAGUUAUACAUGGCUCGUGGGCCAAACUAUUUACUCAUACUCAAUCCAAUUUGUCAAGUGGUUAGGGCAAUUAUUGAUGGGCAAAUUUAUCCUAUUCGUGAAUUAACAGGAAUACAAAAGGCAUAUAUCCAGAAUUUGGUGAAGGACGCCUACGCCAAUUGGAGUUCCUUGGAAGAAGUUGAUGGUCUAGUGAAUGAGCCAGCACUACUAACUCAAGGAGAACCAACGAUGGAUCAGUAUCCAAAUGUUCAGCAACAACCGCUGAUACGAACCUAUCAGCGAAACACAAUUUUGACAGAUGCAUCUGAUGAACAAUUAGCUGAAUACAAUGACUGGAUUGUUAAUCCCAACUAUAUUUGCACUCUUGCUGAUAACAACACUGGUGGUUACUUUUCAGACGGAUCUUCUAAUAGACAAUUAUUGCGCUAAAUUUGCACUGUCAGCAUAUAAAAUUAACUGAAUUCUUCUAAGAAGAUGAAGACACUGAAGGAAUGAAAUUUAUGCAUCAGGUGUACAUAGUGUGUAGGAACAAAUAUUUUGCCCAAAUAAGGGGCUGAAAAUUGUUGUAGAAAUUGCGCCACCCCUUUGUAAAAGAUGUGUGGACUGGCUAUAGUAUGUAGAGGUAUGUAACGUAUGUUUCAAUUUUAUUUUUUUUUCCUUUUUAAGAUUCAAACUUGAAUUAUCUAUUGUAGAGAGGUAUUGUUCAUGUUAAUUGAAUGAAACAAAUUAAUGCAAAUGUUGUCUUUGAUUAUGCA